UAUCAUGAGACUCUGAAUCAACGAAUCAUUUGAUUCUUAUCUUGAAUCAGUAUCCAAUGAGUGCCACGCACGUUACGUCACUUUGUAAUAACCACAAUCCACGAGCGCAAAUUAUUUCAAAAUCGGUUAUCGACUUGUGCUAGUCGCAGUUCGAACGCUCACACUCGCAAUGAGACAGCAAUAACGUACAAUUGCUGAAAUUAAAACGCCGUGAAAAUUCUGUUCAAUGUUAACUAAAUUCUAAAACUAGUGCAACAUCCUAUUAGACACCAAAAGGGAGGAAAAACAACAAUCAUUUGAACAAGUGCAUACAAAAGGAAGCAACAAUGGUUACCAGACAACAUGUACAAGAUGUGAAUUCUUUGAAGAAGCAAAGUGAUUCAACAAGAACUUCUGUGAUAGCCCUGGGGGGCAUUUUCAUUACUACUUUAGCUGUCCUCUGGUGGAUUUACAAUGGAUUUCCUGAGUUACAAGAGGAGGAAAAGCAACAUAUAAAGAUUCCAUGGAACUUAGAAGAUGCUAAAAACUUAGGAACUGUAUUAUACCGCUACAAAGGCGAUCAUUUCUACCAUGUCUACUUUGGUGUCAGUAUUAUGUACAUAUUCUUGCAAACAUUUGCAAUUCCUGGAUCACUGUUCCUCUCGGUGCUCUCUGGGUUUCUAUUUUCGUUUCCGCAGGCGAUGUUCCUAGUAUCAACCUGUUCGGCAGUAGGAGCAUCACUUUGUUUCCUCAUCUCGCAUCUGCUGGGCAGACGUAUCAUCUACAAAUAUUUCCCGGAGAAGGCAGCCGCCUGGGGGACCACCGUCGCGAAACACAGCGACAAUUUGCUCAACUAUGUGAUAUUCCUGCGCGUGACGCCUUUCCUGCCCAACUGGUUUAUCAACCUCACAGCGCCUGUCAUCGGCGUGCCUCUGCGACCAUUCGCUUUAGGCACAUUGCUCGGUGUGAUGCCGCCAUCAUUUGUUGCAUUGCAAGCUGGACAAACACUUCAUAGCAUGUCUGCUGAUGAUGCAAAAGUGUCUUGGACGUCUAUGUCUUUAUUAAUAGCGUUUGGCUUCGUUGCACUCCUGCCAAUUUACUUCAAAGACAGAUUACGAAAGAAAUUUGAGUAAAAUUGAGUGAUUGAAGGUAUUGUUAAGAAAAAUUUAUUUUAAUGUUAUAAAUUUUCCACGUCCAAAGUCGUUUUCAGAGAAGUUUCAAUUCGACUGCAAACGUCUUUCUUUUGUUCAAGAAUUUAUAUUUUUGUUUAAUUAUUAUUUUUGUUUGUUCGUGGAAUUGUGAAAGUGAUUAUUGUUACGUCGAAUGAAUUUGCAUUUAUGUGUACAAUGUACAUGAUUAACAAAAUGAGCGAAACGUUAGUGGGUUGUAUGAAAUUAUAAUUAUUAAGAUAAGAGGACUAGCACAAUAUGAACUACAAACAGUGCGAACUAACGUAGCUGAUGGAGACGUUGGUGGAAUUCUCGGCCGGUAGACUCAACGGUUUCCAGUACCACCAGUUGUACCACACUGGAAUAUGGAAUACACCAAAAUUAGAUAACUCACAUAGUUUUAGGCGUAACAAAGAACCAAAUGUGCUAAAUAUUUAUUACUAAGUUUCGAAAACUAAUGAAAGAGAAAAAGAUAUCAACUCAAACUUCAUCAGUGAUAUGAGUAUAUAAAAAUUUAAAAUUAUAAUUUCAAACGUGCGUAAUCAACACGUUCGGUAAAAUUUUACGUAUUUCAGUAUGAAAAAACAUGAGUUGUUAGUUAUUAAGCUUAAUUUUAAAAGUAUUUAAGUCUGACGACGGCAUUUACCAUAUUUAUUAAUGAUUGCCAUCAGUGUAAGUGCUAUUAAAUGUUAAGCAGGUCACAUUUAAGCCUAAUUCGCAAAGAAAACAGGUUUUGUAAAAAAAAACUUACAAAUAUAAGAAGGUUUCAACCUAAUUGGAA